AUGUCCUUGAAUGCUUUCAUUGCUGUAGUGAAUUGCAUUGAUGGGAUGAGAAAUGGACACCUGAAAUCCAUUGAUAAAAUCUUGACUGCUUUUGGUGUCUCCAGAUGUUUCUACAUGUUCUUGCUAGUUGUCAAGAUUUUCUGGAUAGCAUUCUUUCCUUGGAUAUUUGAAGACACAAGCUUAUACCAAACAUACAAAGCUACAAUGUGGUUUCUAAAUUGUACCAACCUCUGCUUCACUGCCUGCCUGUGUACAUUUUACUGUGCAAAGAUUGCUAACUUCCAGCACUACAUUUUCUUCCUCCUGAAGACAAGAAUCUCCAGAUUGGUGCCCUGGAUGCUUCUGGCUUCUUUGCUUGGAUCAUUGGCAACUACGUCACCUUUCUUCAAAGAAAUCCUCUUGAUUUGGGGAAAUCCUAAACUGAAAAAGGAAUUCAGUAGAGUUGUGCAUUAUAUCAGAUGUGCAGAGGAUAAUGGACUUUUCGUCAGUGGCACUCUGCUUAUGUGA